AUGGGGAAGAAGAGGCGGCGGAAGGAUAAUUUGAUAGAUGUCCCUCCAGAUGUGAAUCGGCCUGAGUCCACAGAUUCAGACUCUGAACUUUCAGUGGUGUCGGCAUGCUCCAACAUGAAAGUCGAGGAGCCUAAGGACAAAUAUGCCAUUUGUAAGAUUAAAGGCUACGCACGGAAGUAUCCGGAAGAUUUUAACCCAUAUAUGCCCAUAGGGUCGAUAACGACCAAAAUUAUGCCGAUACCGCCUCGACACGUACUCUCAACACAUGAAAUAGCCGAUGCCCUGGAGGCCUUUGACGACGAUGAAGAUGUUCAGGGCAUCGAUAUUUACAUGGAUCCGCCUUGCGAUGGUACCAUAUCGGAUGGUGAUUCAGGUGAAGAAGAUUGUGAUAGUCUGAAUCGAUUGAAUCGUCAUCAAUUACUUGCGCCGGCUGAGAUGGUAUUACGACAACGUGAUGAACCUUUUGAAGAUAAUACAAGUAUCGAUGAGGUAAUAGCCAGUCCUAGUCCUAGUUCUGAGCACCUAGAAUCCAUUUCCACGCCAUCGGGACCCAGUCUACACAGGUCACGACGUUCUCGUCCAGUUGAGAUACCGACGAUGAUCACGGAUUCAGAACGUUCUUUUUCGAAUGUGCGUACCAACAGGACCCCUAGGGGUGAUGGCCCUUCUUCAGAACGCAGUAGACAGGCCAACAUGAGGCCACGUAAAUGGAUAAAGCGAGAUCUUUGUACUCAACAAAGUGAGUGGUCACCUCCACUGCCACGAGCAGUUCUAACACUCACCAAGGAAAGUGAACCAAUAGAGUUCUUUGAAUUAUUUUUUAGUGAAGAUGUUAUAAGAUCAUCUCGUGCGUCAUACGGGGAUGAUGCAAUUAGCUACGUGCAAUUAAAACGUGACGGAAAACUUUGCACCAUAAAAUGUAAAAUAUGUCCAGAGCAUAAAGUGCGCUCCAAACUAUACACAGUGACAUUAGUUAUUGACGAAGAAGAGGACUUGAUUUGUUCCUUAGAGUGCCAUGACUGCGUAGCUUCCCAUGGCGGUUGCAAGCAUGCCAUAGCGUUUGUCAUGUGGAUUCAUCGCAGGAGUGAAGAGCCAUCAUGCACGUCCACUGAGUGUUAUUGGAAAAAGUCGAAACUGUCACAAGUUGGUACCAGUCUUAAAUGCAUAACUGCAAAAGAAAUGUUCAAGGGCUGUCCUAGUUUGUCAUCGAAUUCGAGUGUGCUUGCAAAGUAUUUACACAAAGCAAGUAAAAUAAAAAUUGAGGACUGUGAAUUAUUAAAAUAUCAGCCCAACUCAAACCUUUCAGAUACAGCAUUAGUUUCAAUGCAUCAACUUGUGUUUAAAUUUAAAGAAAAAUGUUCUGAAAUAUUUAUUCAAAAUGUUAAUAUACCAGAUAUUACUAUCAGAAAAGUUGAAAAAGAAACUAGAAAUCAAUACAAAAGCAGACUAUGGUAUGAACUGCGGUAUGGCCGAAUAACCGCAUCUAGAGCUGUCGAAGUAAGUCGCUGUAAGACCCCAGAUGGCACAUUAAUAUCAACAAUUAUGGGUGGACAGAUACCAGACACACCAGCAAUGAGAAGAGGAAGGAUUUUAGAAGACUCGGUGAGGCAAAUUUUGCAACGAAAGUUAAAGAAAACAAUUAGAACGUGUGGGCUAAUAUUGAACUCAAAAUAUCCUAUGAUCGCUGGAUCACCAGAUGGUAUCUGUGAAGAAUACAUAAUAGAAAUUAAGUGCCCUACAAGUGCAAAAACUUUUAUGAAUUAUAUAAAAGAUGGGAAAACUACUGAAAGAUAUUAUUAUCAAAUCCAAAUUCAACUAGUACUAUAAUUCUAAUAGUACUAGUACUAUUCUAGUACUUGGCUGAUUUAAAAAAGUGCAUAUUUUGUGUAGCUGAUCCUAAAAGUGAAAACAAGAAAAUUUAAAUGUUAUAUGUUGAUUAUGAUGAAAAAUUUGUUGUAAAUAUUAUAGAAACCAAUUUGGUUCCAUUUUGGCAAAACAAUGUAUAUCCAUUAUUAUAUCAAAGUAUAAACAACUCCUAACUAGGUUUUGUUUAUACUUUGAUAUAAUAAUGGAUAUACUAGGUUUAAUAUUCAUGAUACUUUUUGUAUAAAAAAUUUAUAAUAAAUAAAACAAGGCAUCAUUUG